GAGUCGUAGUCCCGGCUGGCAGCGUCCGGAAGGACGGGAGGGCACGGGAGUGCAGCCUGCCUAUCUGGCUACUGGAGGUCACGUUCCCUAACUGCUCCCUUGGUUCUGUCGGGUGGAGCCUUCAGCGUGCACGGCGGGAUUUGACUUUGCCACCGUCUCUCUUGGGUUUCAAUAAAGUUUUCCUCUUCCUCUCCUCGUACGGAGUUCAAGAUGGCGGCCUCCUGGUCGCUCUUGGUUACCUUGCGUCCCUUAGCACAGAGCCCGCUGAGAGGGAGAUGUGUUGGGUGCGGGGCCCGGGCCGCCGCUCUCGCUCCUCUGGCCACCGCCCCUGGGAAGCCCCUUUGGAAAGCCUAUACAGUUCAGACAUCUGAGAGCAUGGCCCCAACUGCCACUUCAGAGACUUAUUUGAAAGCUUUGGCUGUUUGCCAUGGACCUCUGGACCACUAUGAUUUUCUGAUCAAAGCUCAUGAGCUAAAGGAUGAUGAACAUCAAAGAAGAGUCAUACAGUGUUUGCAGAAAUUACAUGAGGACCUUAAAGGAUAUAAUAUAGAGGCAGAAGGCCUUUUUUCAAAGCUUUUUUCAAGGAGCAAACCUCCCAGGGGCCUGUAUGUUUAUGGAGAUGUUGGUACAGGAAAAACAAUGGUGAUGGACAUGUUUUAUGCUUAUGUGGAAAUGAAGAGGAAAAAACGAGUUCAUUUUCAUGGUUUCAUGCUAGAUGUGCACAAAAGAAUACAUCGCCUUAAACAGAGUUUGCCAAAAAGGAAACCAGGAUUCAUGGCUAAAUCAUAUGACCCAAUAGCUCCUAUAGCUGAAGAAAUCAGUGAAGAAGCAUGUCUCCUAUGUUUCGAUGAAUUUCAGGUCACUGACAUUGCUGAUGCCAUGAUUCUGAAACAGCUUUUUGAAAAUCUGUUCAAAAACGGGGUCGUCGUUGUGGCAACAUCCAACAGGCCACCGGAAGAUCUCUAUAAAAAUGGACUCCAAAGAGCUAACUUUGUACCAUUCAUAGCAGUCUUGAAGGAAUAUUGUAAUACAGUCCAGCUAGAUUCUGGGAUAGAUUACCGGAAAAGGGAACUUCCUGCUGCAGGAAAACUCUACUACCUCACAAGUGAAGCUGAUGUGGAGGCUGUCAUGGAUAAGUUGUUUGAUGAGCUGGCUCAGAAACAAAAUGAUUUAACUAGACCAAGGAUUCUAAAAGUGCAAGGCAGAGAGCUGCGCCUGAAUAAAGCCUGUGGAACCGUUGCCGACUGCACAUUUGAAGAGCUGUGUGAGAGACCACUUGGAGCCAGUGACUAUUUGGAACUAUCAAAGAGUUUUGAUACAAUAUUUUUACGAAACAUUCCGCAAUUUACUUUGGCAAACAGGACUCAAGGUCGAAGAUUCAUAACUCUCAUCGAUAACUUUUAUGAUCUCAAGGUGCGUAUAAUUUGCUCUGCAUCGACUCCUAUAUCAAGCUUAUUUUUACAUCUACAUCAUGACAGUGAGUUGGAGCAAAGCAGAAUACUGAUGGAUGAUUUGGGGCUGAGCCAGGAUUCAGCAGAAGGACUCUCCAUGUUUACCGGAGAAGAGGAAAUCUUUGCAUUUCAGCGCACGAUUUCCCGACUCACAGAAAUGCAGACUGAACAGUACUGGAACGAAGGAGACAGAACCAAGAAGUAACUGUCACUUUCACAUAAAUAAAACUCUAGACAAAUGGUUAACGCAGGCAGAACUCCUUAUUGUGGGACUUGAAGGAAUCAUUUUCUCAUCAUUAAUUAUGCACUUUGUCCUCUGGACCAUUUUAAUCUAAAAUUGCUGUCAAAGAUCUAGUGGAUUAGUAAGUUAAACACUUAACAUUUUUAGGUCUACUUUUUCUUAUUUGGUCUUAUUUCUGCACCAUGAAAUUAAAAUCAUCAUUCCUGAAGAUGAAUGUAGGACCAGACAUUUUAGCUUCACAUUAAACCACCUGAAUGAACCUUGAAUGCACAAGUAAAUGCAAGACAUCUGGACGCCUUCAAGCUUUGACUGCAUGGUGGUGGCACGUUAGAAAUCCAUCUUUUAUAACAGGGGAGAAAUGCCCUAUGUUUCAAUUCAAAACAAAGACAGUUUUCCAAUCUGAUAUAAACUAAAAGGGAUAAUAUUUUAGAAUAUGGGCUCAUAUGUGGUUUUUUUUUUUUGGUUAUGAAUUAUAGUAAAUGUUGCAGGCCUUCAGAUGUCUACAUAAUGAAAAAAUAUGUUUUUAACCCUGAGAUCAAGCUUAGUAGGCAGGACUUGAUCUCAAGUGGUCACAGAGUUUUCUAAAAAAAAAAAAUUGAGAAUUAUAAUGGGAUCAAUUAAGGAGCAAGUGUCAAAUUCCAGCCAACAGGCAGAUCUGCAGGCAGAACUACCAACUCUGCAACCAGGAAUGGGGACCAGCGAGAAAGUGUGGGCGGGAGGGUGGGUGUCAGAGCCGUAGGCACUCCAUCAGCAGAGGAGACUCCCGCUCACAUGAGGCCGGCUGGACCCCAGUGGACAGCAGCCUCCUUCCCACUAUUCGCAGACACUUGCUCUCCUUGCAGCAUGCUGCCCCUGCCCUUGCUGCCGACUCUGCCAUGAGAUGGACCUAAUAGCAAAUAGGAAAGAACGCCUGACAAGCCUGCUUCAAAGGAAAUCUGAUUUGUCCUUCACUGAGCUCAUUUUUUGCUUCUUUGAGUAAAACCUGGCUUUACUAACUAUUGUCACAAAGUGGAUCUUCGGCUGUGGAUGAGUGUGAAAAAAAAGAAAAAACAUAAAAUCCACAAAAUCUAGUGAAAAUUAAGCAUUUAGGGGAAGGUAAGGCAGAGGUAAGUCAGUUCAAUGAUUACAGUGGUCAACAUAAGUAAGCUCUUUGAACCUAUUUGAUUUAUUAUUUAUUUAUUUAUUUUUAAUUUUUAUAUCUUGGCCACUCCAGCCAUCUCCUGGCAGGUGUAGUGUGGCAUGGCAUGGCCCUGUUUAAUUUGUUAGUCAAUAAUCCAUCACAGUAGUCUCUUUUAGACAUUAACCUAAUUAAGGCAAGCAGAUAAAUGGAUGAGUACCCAAGCCAAGAGAAGAGUUUAUUUAAAUUAAGCCUUCUGUCAAUGAAAUGUGGUUUAAAGAUAUUUUUAUUGAAGUGAAACACAGUACUUUCAAAGAGGUUAAGUAAUAGGGAAGAAAGAUGGGAAAUAACCACUUUGUGCCAGAUUUAAUGCUACAUAUUUACAUUAGCUCAAUUAAAAAAAAAUAGUCUUAGAAAGUGAAUAUUAUAAUCCCUGUUUAAAGAUAAGAAAAAUGAGGCUUGGGAAAGUUAAGUAGCUUGACCUGAGAUUCACAGUUUACAACUACAAAACUCAUGUACUAUAUUUUAUACCACACUGUCUCUUACUAUUUAAAAAAAAAGAGAGAUUGUUUUAAAAAUUGAUUGAUUUAACUCAGUGAAUGAAGUUGAAGAUAAAUUUACAACAGAACCAUUGAUUUGAACUCAGUAAAUAUAAAACGUUUAACUUUAUUCUUUAGAUCUUAGCUUUUUACUUUUCCCAUUCCUUUGGUAAUUAUUCUGUACCUUAAUUUUUUAAAAAAUAAUGUGAAUGGAUAGAUAGACAGAUGGACAGUAUGACCGAUAGACAGAACUGUCCCUGAGUGUGAGUGUAUGUAGAAGAGUCCUCCUCUUCUAUAUACUUUCAUAACUUUUAUAACUGUUAUGUUAUAAAAGUUCAUUUGAGGUCAGAUAUUGGGAAUAAAGUUUCAUUUUUCCAUAGAAACAAUCAUGUAAUGUUAGUUGGGGUGCUGUCCCAAUGUGUAGGAGCCUAUGUAAUUCUCAGUGUAGCUUCCCUAUAAUGUCAUUUUGGUACAAAAGAACUUAAACCCUGAGGGAAAAACUGUAGCUCAGGCUCCACCUAAGUAACUGGAGCAUGUGUCCACUUCUGUGUCUCCAAUCUGCAAUCUUCUUCCCCAGCUCCAGGGGCCUGGUGGGAUUGGCUACAGUGUAAGAGGCUCUUUGAGCUGGGAGAAGGGUUUAUGCAGAAAGUGGGACUAGAAGGCUUUGGCUGGAUCUCUGGAGGGGAGGAAGGAGUUCCAGGGUGGCUGGAAAUCUACAAAGUUUAUUUCAUAAAAUAGCAUGCAAGAAAAAAACCCAAGUCUUCAAGAAUAGCCAUCACUAGGAAACAGUAUGGUAGCUCUACUAAAAGAAAAGUAAUGCCAACAUGAAAUGCAACCCCUAGAUUGGAGAGCAGCAUUUCAAUUUGUCUUUCUUCCAAGCCCUGCCCCUGUUACAUUCUCAGCAUUCCAGUCUUUCUCCCUAGAAGUCUCUCAGCAAAUGCUCUUUUUUUGAAAUGCUUUAAAUGUAUACUUUGAGAUGGAGGUUUGAGCUGAGUACUGCUGUGGAAAGCUCCCAUUCAAUUCAAAACACAGAGGGGGGAUGUCUUUAGAGUCAGGAGAAAACACCAUGUGCCAAGGGUGCUCUCCAAACUGAUCACUGGUUCCCAGACUUAACAGAGGUCAAGCGGAGAAAAAGGAAAGCUUUCCUUAGAGAAGAAAAAGAAAAAUCUUAUCACUUCUCAUAUUUCUUUACGCAGUGUAUGAGCUUAUUUGCUGAUAUCACUAAUCCUGAGAUGAAAAACAGGAUGGACUUAAGUAAUUUUUAACCUAUUUCUGAGGCCAAAAAGACUGUAGCAUUAUUUUAAUCAAAUUUAUGCCUUUUCAAUGGGACUUCAAAUUUUAAUAAUAAGGCAAUACUUUUAUCUUCUUAAUGUAUAUAUAUUUCCUGUACUUACAAGUGUGCAAAUAACAUAAUUUUAAAAUUAGUUGGAAUAUUGAAAAAAAUUAAAAUUUCACUUGUAAAAUAA